GCUUGUGUAAUAAAAAUAGUUGUUUGUGGUGCUGCAGAUGUGGACUGUGGUUUAUUAUUGACAUUUAGAAUAACAGUUAUGGGCAUUAAAACCACGAUGAAGGCGUUCAACAAGACGAGAGAUGUGCCCGCCCAGGUCCCGCCUCUCACGCCCGGCACCAACAAGACCAUGUCGGAGGCGCUGCAGGCGUCGUUCGCAUCCUGGGAGAAGGAGCAAGAGAUGCUCAACAUCACGAAAGAUCCACGACAAUGGACGGAGGGUCAGGUGGCACACUGGCUAAGUUGGGCAGCUCGUGAGUUCUCCUUGGAGGGCGCAGCGGCUCCCAGGCCUCUGAGAAUGCGUGGCCGAGACAUGUGCGCGCUCGGCAGAGAAGCAUUUUUAGCCUUAGUACCCCCUUUUACCGGCGACAUUUUAUGGGAGCACCUAGAAAUACUACAGAAAGAUCUAGAACGAUCACCAUUAGCCGGAUUUCCUGUCGAUCCCUACGAUCCAGCUUGUGCACCUGAUAUGGCUGCGUAUCUUCACGGCCAGCAGAGCAGGCAAAAUAGGCAUAAUUAUAACACCUCACAUACAGGUUACAACAACCAUGGCACCGAUUCGUCUCCCCCGCCGGCUGGUUCCGGCGACCCUGGCGCGCAGGUGCAACACGGACCAGGUUCACCCUACCUGCAUUUACCCGUUCAACGACGGACGCCCUACCCACUCAAAGAGGAAGCAGCCGCAUACGGUCUUCGUACCACCGACGACAUAUGUUCUGCUGUAACCGGCUCAUCGCCUUAUCAUCAGCAGCAAUUGACGUCGCAUUAUGGCGGUAACAAUAACAAAGAGCAAUUACCUCCAGCUGGUCUUCCUACAGCAACCGAUACAACAGGGUACAGAUAUCAAGUGACAAAUCAACAGCAGCAGCAAGAUGCUGCCGGAUCGCCAGAGUUUUAUCCGGUUAUGCAGGACCAUAAGAUGGCUCCAGCAGCACAUUAUCAAAAAGGGUCGUGUUAUGGACGUGCUCGGUACAACGACUACUCCGAACCCUAUACUCCGUACGACGCAGGGCCUUUCCAAACAGUUCCAAAUAGUAUACCUUACGACCAGUGGUCCCAGCCAGGUCUAGGGCCUUCCCAGACACCGCAGCAGGCACAUCAACAUACAGACCCACAUUCUAUGGGACCAAGUGGGCCUUAUCAUCCACAUCACAUGUCCAGCACAGGACCACCUCAAAGUCUUUUAGGACCAUCAAUGUUGGAUAAACAGAAUAUGAUGUCGGGAGCCACCUAUGGAAAUACAGGACUUUGUUUUACAGGGUCCGGUCCAAUACAAUUAUGGCAGUUUUUACUAGAACUUUUAAUGGACAAGAAUUGCCAGCCUUUCAUUUCUUGGACUGGCGAUGGCUGGGAAUUCAAAUUAACAGAUCCUGAUGAAGUGGCAAGGAGAUGGGGCGUGAGAAAAAAUAAACCGAAAAUGAACUAUGAGAAAUUAUCUAGAGGUUUACGUUAUUAUUACGAUAAGAAUAUAAUUCACAAAACGGCUGGGAAGAGAUAUGUAUAUCGAUUUGUUUGUGAUCUACAGAAUUAUUUGGGAUAUUCUCCCGAAGAACUCCAUGCAAAGUACGAUCUGAAGCCAGUGAAAAAGGAAGAUGAGUGAUUUUUGUAUGACCCAAUAUAAUAAGUGAUUGUUAUGAUUUU